UUUUCUGCCAGGGUCGGGGAAGAUGGAACCGUAUUCCAGUGGGAUUUAGACGCAGGCUGCUAAGCGGUGAAAGUUGGAAGAGCUAAUGAAAUAAUGUCUGAAUUUCACAUUUUCUGUGACAACAUUAGGACAUUUCAAGAGGCAGUUCAAGUCUAAGGAAAAGUUGCUGAUAUGUGUUCAAGAUGAGUGGAAUUGGAGAUAAUCCCUCGGACCCUUCCAGGGUGGAGCAGCGGAAGAGGAAAGAGAGCCCAGAUCAGCUUGGUCCCAGCCCUAAGCGGAGUACAGAGAAGCGGAACCGCGAGCAGGAGAAUCGAUACAUUGAGGAGCUUGCCGAGCUGAUUUUCGCUAACAUUAACGAUAUUGACAACUUUAACUUUAAACCCGACAAAUGUGCAAUCUUGAAGGAAACUGUGAAGCAGAUUCGACAGAUCAAAGAGCAAGAGAAAGCAGCAGCUGCAAAUGAGGAUGAAGUUCAGAAAGCGGACAUAUCCUCUACAGGCCAAAGUGUCAUAGACAAGGAUGCACUUGGGCCCAUGAUGCUGGAGGCCCUGGAUGGGUUCUUCUUUGUGGUGAACCGUGAAGGGAACGUCGUGUUUGUCUCUGAGAAUGUGACUCAGUAUCUCCGGUACAACCAAGAAGAGCUAAUGAAUACCAGUGUAUAUAACAUUCUUCAUGUUGGAGAUCAUAACGAGUUCAUCAAAAACCUGCUGCCAAAGUCUUUAGUGAAUGGGGGACCUAGACGUAAUAGCCAUACUUUUAAUUGCCGUAUGCUGGUGAAGCCAAUAACCGAGUGUGAAGAAGAGAACCCCGAUGGACAAGAAACUAACCAGAAAUAUGAAACUAUGCAGUGUUUUGCUGUAUCCCAACCAAAGUCCAUUAAAGAGGAAGCAGAAGAUUUUCAGUCCUGCUUGAUUUGUGUGGCAAGAAGAGUACCUAUGAAAGAGAGGCCUGCACCGCCUCCAUCAGAAACAUUCUCAACACGUCAGGACUUGCAAGGUAAAAUAACCUCUCUGGACACUAGCACUAUGAGGGCACUAAUGAGACCUGGUUGGGAGGAUUUGGUGAGGCGGUGUAUUCAGAGGUUCCAUGUCCAACCGGACGGCGACAUUUCUCACAGCAAAAGGCAUCAUCAAGACGUUCUCAGGCAAGGGCUCGCACUGAGUCCAAUAUACCGAUUUUCAUUGUCGGACGGCACGAUUGUUGCAGCCCAAACAAAGAGCAAGCUCAUCCGCUCCCAGAAUACGAAUGAUCCUCAGCUCGUAAUAUCCAUACAUAUGCUUCAAAGAGAACAGAAUUUGUGUGGAAUGAAUCAGGACUUGGCUGGACAAAGUAUGGGAAAGCCGAUGAACCCUGUCUCCAGCAGCCCGGCUCAUCAGACAAUGUGCAGCGGAAACCCUGGUCAGGAUAUGACCAUAAGUAGCAAUAUGAAUUAUGCCAUUAAUGGCCCAAAGGAACAAAUGGGCUUGCCAGCAGGCAGAUAUGGUGGUUCUGGGGGAAUGAACCAUGUCUCCAGCAUGCAAGCUGCCACUCCUCAGGGUAAUAACUAUGCACUCAAAAUGAAUAGCCCAUCACAGGGAAGUCCUGGCAUGGGCCAGGGACAACCUAGCUCUAUGCUUUCCCCAAGGCAUCGUGUAAGCCCUGGAGUGGCAGGGAGUCCACGUGUUGCACCCAGUCAGUUUUCCCCUGCAGGAGGUUUGCAUUCUCCAGUUUGUAGUAGCACAGGAAAUAGCCAUAGUUUUACCAACAGCUCUCUAAAUGCACUUCAGGCUCUUAGUGAGGGCCACGGUGUCCCCCUGGCCCCGCCCAUACCAUCACCUGACAUGAAAGGGGGUAAUUUACAAAAUACACCCAAUAAUAUGAACCCUCCUCAGCUCCGAAAGAUGGGCAGUGUGGACUCUAAAGACUCCUUUGGACUUUAUGGGGAGCAGUCUGAAGGUGCAACUGGACAAACAGAGAGCGGAAAUCGUUCAUCUGAGCAGAAGGAUUGUAACGAAAACAUGUCUUCUGCUGGGGACAAAAUGGAAGGUCAAAACAGAUUGCUGGAUAGUAAAGGUCAGACAAAACUAUUGCAGCUGCUCACCACAAAAUCAGAUCAGAUGGAGCAUUCUCCACUAUCCGGUAAUAUGGGAGAUACAAACAACAAAGACUCCAUGGGACAUUUUGCAUCCAAUAGUUUGUCUGCCUCAGCACAUGGAACCUCACUGAAAGAGAAGCAUAAAAUUUUGCACAGACUUCUUCAGGACAGUAGCUCACCUGUUGACCUGGCCAAGCUCACAGCAGAGGCCACUGGAAAAGAACUAAAUCAGGAGUCCAAUAGCACAGGCCCGGUCUCUGAGGUGACGAUAAAGCAGGAACCGGUGAGCCCUAAGAAGAAAGAAAAUGCACUACUACGUUACUUGUUAGAUAAGGAUGAUAGUAAAGAUAAUAUGGCAGAUAUUACACCCAAGAUAGAGCGAUUGGAUAAUAAGAUGGAUUCUAGCUGCAACAAAUUAACGGCUGUAAAAACUGAAAAAGAGGAGCCAGGCUUCGGGCCAACUGAUCAGCUUUUGUCGGGCAGUUCUGACUUGGACAACCUAGAUGAGAUUCUGGAUGACUUGCAGAACAGCCAGAUAAACCAGCUCACUUAUCCGGACACUCGACCUGAUGCUAACUCUGCUGAUAAACAAGCUAUCAUCAAUGACCUGAUGCAGAUCGCUGGUGAUAAUGGCACAGCCCUACCUCCUGGAGUCCAGCGGCAGCGAAUUCUCCGGAUGCCACAGCACUUGUUCAGUAACCCUCGUGCAGGACAGCUACCGCUUGGGAGAAUAUUACCAAACCAGAGUCUACAACUGGAGAUGAAUUUACAGAACCAGACCACUGCAGGAUCCUUCCAGCCAAUGAGGAAUACCAGCCCAUUCUCUGCCAUGCAGCCCACUGGGAUGAUGAGCAACCAAGGCAUGAUGGGAGGACAGGGAGGUGUUGGCAAUAGUAGUCCUGGGAUGAUGGGCGGUAAUGGUCCUCGACCAUCUUUACAAACAACAGAGUGGGGAUCACAGGCUUCAGGAGUCAGGGCAGGCUGUCCGACCACAAACAAUGCUAUGAGCCGGCCCAUGCAGGGCAUGAUUCGCAGCCCCACCUCGAAUAUGCCUAUGAGACCAAGCAAUCAGACAUGUCCAAGGCCUAUGAUGCAAUCGAAUGUUAUGAACAUGGGGGCUUCUGAGCUGGAUAUGAACAUGGCUGGAGCUCAAUACACCCAGCAACAGGCUCCUCCCAAUCAAACGGCACCAUGGCCUGACAGUAUUCUGCCUAUUGAUCAAAACUCUUUCAACAAUCAGAGCAGACAACAGUUUGGUUCACCUGAAGACUUGCUUUGUCAGCGUCCUUCAUCUGAAUCCCCGACAGAAGAGGGAAAUCUUCUGGAUCAGCUGUAUAUGGCACUGAGAAAUUUUGAUGGCUUGGAGGAGCUUGACAGAGCGCUCGGAAUUCCAGAGCUAGUCAGUCAGAGUCAGGCUGUUGAUCCAGAGGCAUUUCUCAGUCAAGAAUCAAACCUGAUGAUGGAACAAAAAGCAACUCUCUAUAACCAUGUGUAUGCAGCUCAAGGGCAGAUGCCUCAGAACAGCUAUGCUCAGAUGCCUGAUCCAAAUUUCCACCCUAUGGGCCAGCGUCCAAACUAUGGUAUGCUGCGCAUGCAGACACGACCUGCAAUGAGGCCCACUGGAAUGGUGCAGAACCAGCCAAACCAGUUAAGGCUCCAACUACAGCAUCGGCUCCAGGCACAGCAGAACCGACAGCCUAUAAUGAAUCCAAUGAAUAAUGUAUCCAAUAUGAACAUAGCAAUGAGGCCUGGGGUGCCAGCUCAGAUGAGAGAACAGGGACCCAUCAAUGCCCAAAUGUUGGCCCAAAGGCAGAGGGAAAUCUUGAGUCAGCAUUUACGGCAAAGGCAACUGCAGCAGCAACAGCAGCAACAGCAGCAGCAACAAGUGCAACACAGGGCCAUGAUGAUGAGAGGACCUGGACUGCAAAUGCCACCCAAUAUGGUGGCUUCUCCUGCAAUGCCAGGAUCAAUAAGCAGCCCUAGGAUACCACAAGCCAAUGCACAGCAGUUCCCCUUCCCGUCAAACUACGGUACUGGAAUUCCAUCCCCACCACCUUUCACCAGCCCUUUCUCCCCAGUGCCCCCCAGCCCUGGGUCACAGUCGCUCUCUCACAGCUCUUUGCAUGUCUCCCAGAUGAAUCUGGCUAACCAAGGGAUCAUGGGGAGUAUGGGAGGACAGUAUGGCCCUGUCAUGAAUUCCCAAAUUCAGCACAAUGCCUUCCAGUUUGCCAGCUCAGGAAUGAGCCAGCAGUCAGACCCCGGAUUCACUGGGGCAACAACCCCUCAAAGUCCAAUCAUGUCACCCAGAAUGGCUCAUACACAAAGUCCAAUGAUGCAGCAAUCACAGGCUAACUCUGCCUACCAGUCAGCAGACAUGAAUGGAUGGACGCAGUCAAAUAAUGGUGGGAACAGCAUGUUUUCACAACCUUCACCUCCACACUUUGCGCAGCAAGCUGGCACUGGCAUGUUUAACAACAAUAUGAACAUCAAUGUGUCUAUGACACCCAAUACAAGUAAUAUGAACACCAUGAACCAGAUGACUGGGCAGAUCAACAUGACCUCAGUGACCUCCGUGCCUACAUCAGGGCUGUCCUCUAUGGGUCCAGAGCAGGUUAAUGACCAGACUCUGCAAAGAGGCAGUCUCUUUCCAAACCAACUACCUGGGAUGGAUAUGAUUAAACAGGAAGGAGAUGCAUCACGGAAAUACUGCUGACCCAGAAGACUUUGAGGGUGUUUUUGUGUUUUUCCACUGACCAGUGGGAAGCUCUCUGUGGUCGUGUUUAUAGACUGGUGCCAGAAGCCAGCUUAGCAGCCCCUCGUCAAGGUGACCUCCUCUGCCUCUAGGUUGAAAAGCUGAAACUGUGUUGUCCGUCGUGCAGCCCCUCCCACAGGCAAUGCGGAACCAGAAUAUAGACAGGCGGCCGGUCUGUUCACUGCAUUCACCUUAGUGCAACUUAGAUACCUUCUGUGGAGUCAUUAUGGACAGGCGAAUUUCUUUGGACUUUCUCAAAUGAAUGUAUUUAAUUGUAUGUAUUUAAG